UUUCAUCGUCUUUGUUAUCGGUCGUGCGAUCAAUUCCUAGACAUCAUUCGUGUAGGUGUGGGGCGCUUUUCUUGAGGUCGAUUCGUGUUCGGACACAUCAUGGUGCACAGUCUUUUAAAACUAAUAAGAACAAGCCGCUUAGCGGGGACACGGAUCAAUACAUACGAGCGUCCUAUUUUUCGUCUAAACAUGUUGUGGAGAGUUGUAUGGAUCAACUGUAGUAGUUCGCAGGUUUUUCUGUAACUCUCUUUGAUGUCCUCAAGGCUCCACAUCUUUACCUUCCUCAGGUCUAUAGUAUAACUUUGUUAUUCGAACAACGAGAUGAUCUUCUUGUUCAAUAACCAUAUUAAAUGAUGAAUCAUCAUCAUCAUGAAGACUACUGUGGAUCUUGUGAUAUCAUUGUUUUUUUGAUCCAAUCUCAUGAUCAACAAGUGUAAAAGAUUUUCUCAUCAUUUUCCUCGUUUUGGAAAUAAAUCGCUUUGUGAGAGGACGCGUUCGUUUCGUGUGCCCCUCCAUAUCGUUCUCGUCGUGUAGCUCGUCAAAGUCGUGUGAUUAGAAAGUAUGCAUAUUAUUCAUGACGAGCGUUGCUUAACUACACCACCCCCAGGGCGCAGGUUUUUUCUUCGAUGAUAGACCGGCUGAUGGAGUUUGAUAUUGAUAUUGACUGCUUCUUUUGUUGUAGUUUUGAAACAAGUUGACAUGUGAAGUGAGUACCUUUUCAGUCGUGCUGUCCCUCUGGUGGUGCUACAAAACACGAGCAAAAUUACCUCCCAUCACACCGUAGUGGUAGGUAAUAUCAAUGUUUAUGUUCGACGCCAUCGAACAUCAUCACGAAUAUUGUAAUUGCUCCUUGAUUUUGCUCCACUUUCCCUUCUUCUACUUUGUACUACGUAGACGUAAUCAAAACCAUUUUCUUCAUUUUUUUGAGAUUGAAGAUAAAUAAUUUCUCCUUUGUUCUUUUAGAAGUCACUCGUCGUCGUCGGAGGUUCAUCAUCAUCCAGGUCAUAAAAAUGAUAGUUGGUUGGGUCGUCGGCGCCUUAGGCUCGCUAUUUGGGAGCACGUUACUCCCUGCGAGCCUCGGGUCUCUGGGUGGCAGUCAAGCACCCAACGAAGGCGUCAUACUGCAUCGUCAGGCGUGCAGCAGUGCGACAUCAGAACGGAGCUUUUCCUGGAGGUCCUUGAGUCCCAGUGCUUCUUCUGCCAGAGGCAAAAUAACGAGUACAAGUCCGAAUUUAUCCUCGUCCUCAUCGUCGACGUCGUCUCCAAAAGCGGGAACGAAGAGUGCAGGACCAACUGGUGAGGGGACUAGCACAAAGGACUCAUCUACUCCAGGAGCUGCAGCUCUUGCGGAACAAGGACUAGAUGAAUCAUCAACUACUACAAAUAGAGGACAACUCCAAGAACAACGGGGGCAGAACAAUACAACUACACCUUCGACUUCUUCUAGUACAAAAGACGACGCCAAACCACCUGCGACGUACGUAACUAAUGAGGAGAAACAUAUUGCAGUGGAGCAGUCGGAAAUUGAGAAACAUUUUUACAUGGAGGACGUAGAACCAGGAAGCAUUCUGAGGGCAAAGGACGCAGCAAUGGUUGAGGUACUCAGUCCGUUAAUGUGUGACGAGUUGGUUGUACAAUGUAUGAUCCAUACUUCAUCCGGACUCAUCAUUCAGUUCUUUUAUCUACUCGUGCCAGGUUCUUAUUCUUGUAAAACUUGUGAUCAGCACUCAGCAGCAAAGAACAAAAUCAACGUCAUCUACAUGCAUAUCUAUGCAUUGAAUUCCCGAAAAUUUUUCUUAGGUUGCUGGCUUUCCAUUAAUCGGUGAACAACGAGUCGCCUCUACCGGGAGCGGGAUUGUGCGCUUUCAGGGUAACUGUUAUGUGGACCAAAACGACAUGGAUCCGACUUGGAGGGCUGUUAAGCUCUCAAAGCUCCCAGAGGGAUUUCGGCUUUUCAUCAAUCCCCGAUCGGUGCCACGCGAACGACCUGUGCCGGCACACAAAGGGAUGUCUGCAGGCGAAGGAGCGGGCGAGAUACUCCGGAUCGCGCCAGAAUUAUUCGUUCACCCGAUUACAGACGAACAUUACGUCAUCGUGCAGAUCAAAGAACGUACUUCCUACUUCUUAGAGUUAGAAAUUAUUGAUAGAUCUACCUUGUUUUUCCCACACUCACAAGAACUGAGUCACAGUAGUUUUUCUUUUUUAUAUGAUCUUUGUGGCUGCCGGCCUGUUUAGGGCUUUUCUUACAUGGUCAUUUCCGAAUUAUAGACUUGCUUAGAUUAGAUCAUCAUCGUGCUUCUCCUGUUCCUCGUGGUGCUGCCAACAUUGAUUUUAUCCCGCUCAUACGACAAUCCCAGCACAAUCUCUCCUCCACAAUCAGCUUCGGCAUGGGAAGAACUGAGUCGAUACAUGAGCUUCAAAGUUGUGCUUUUGGGAGAUACUACGAGGUUGAUUCUGAUGGGAGCUCUCACAAUCAGCGGCAUUGCUGCAUUUGGGGGCGGGAACGAUGAACAGUGAGCUUCUAAGCCUUGGCGAUGAAAAAUUAGAUCAUACCAUCUAAUUAAAUGGAGGAGGUCAUUGACAUAGACAACGUGAGUGAUUUUCCUCAUAUAAGUAAUUAAGCAGAACUAGGUGAAACAUCAUCACGAAGAUCAACACCAUGAGGAUGAGACGGUAAGAUUAACGCAUGUGGGGAUGAGUUGAACAUUCAAUCCUGUCUUGUUGUUUUUCAUACUUCCGUCUAGUCUAAGGUCUUGUUGCUCGUAGGAGUUCUCGUUCUUCGUCCCCUUCCCAAAAUUAGUGAUUGUCUGCGCAUCCUCAAGCUGUACCAAAUUUCAUUAUCUAUUUGCUCUACUGCUCCCAAGUUCCGUCUCCAUGAUGGAGACUCAUCCACCAUCUUCUAGCAGAAGAUGAAUCGCCCUCCUCGACAACGUGAGCAUGCCCCUCAGCGCCGGAGAUACUGCACGUCAAGGCCUUCUUCUCCAACAGCGACCCUCUCCCCCAGCUCUUGCUUUCGUCUAUUUGUCUUCCUGAAAAAAGAGAAGCAAGAACAAGAUGCUUGUUUCCCAAGGGUUGAAGAGCAUAAUUUUAAUUAUUGCUUUUUUUUACCUUUUCUUGGUUGCCCGCAACGGGACACGUGACACAUGUACAGAAGUACUGGCAGCUUUCUUUUGAAGGGGAAGAGAGGCAGUCGAAGUGCUAGUAAAAACGCCACUACACGACUUGCCUUUCUUCAGCCUGGCUACUACAACAACAGAAUGGGCGAAUCAUGACUGUUCACUUUCAGAGGCUUAUGGGCUCACUACACAAGAAACAUCACGAUCACGUGCACAGAUAACAUAAGCCAGAUAACGUAGUCCAUGAUAUCUCAAAUUUUUUGAAGAUUGGUUUGAAUGUUGUACUCCUCACCAGCAAAAGAACUUGGCCAACACUCAUGUCUUGUCCUCCACACUCAAGGCCGUACAUGAUUCUGCUUGCAGAUUUUCAUACUACACUUUCCCCGCUAACCUCAAUUCUUUCACGUGAGCUCCUCAUUUAUUCUUUCGUACACAUUACCUUCACACAUCACCAUCCACCAUGUCAUGAUUCCACUCAUAUGAGCACCCUUCAAGUGCGCAUACAAGUAAGUAUCUAGAAAAAGAAAUAUCACGAACAACUAAGACUGAACUGUAUAACCCUCCAACCUGCGGAUUGCAACCCUACCUCACCGACCUAAACUUAUCCAUCUAAAAUUGUUACUUGCUUCAACAUCUACUGAUGCAAAGAUAAAUGCCCUACAGACCACCGUAUGUAUAAAUAUGAUUGAAGAUGAACAAAAAGUAAAAGAUUUAUUCUACUGUCAGGUUGUGAUGAAGGAGAUUGAAAAAUAAAAUCGCUUCCCUGCGUUAUGGUUAUCCCCGAAAUCAUGAAACCCAAGACUCCACGAAAUUUCUAAGAACCUUGAGCGCUAACAAAUUGCUGAAUUGAUGAUCAAAACCACAUCCAGCAUGAUUAUGUGUUGUAGGUCUUUUCACUUU